ACUGCGUAGCCGCCAGCUCGGCCGCACGUCAGGGCGCGGGAGCGCGGAGCGAGUUUGGUUGCACUUACACCGGUACUUAAGCGCGGACCGGCUUGUCCUUGGACUUAGAGAGUGGGGACGUCCGGCUUCGGAGCGGGAGUCUUCGUUGCGCCAGCGACUAAAAAGAGAAUUAAAUAUGGGUGAUGUUGAGAAAGGCAAGAAGAUUUUUAUUAUGAAGUGUUCGCAGUGCCACACCGUUGAAAAGGGAGGCAAGCACAAGACUGGGCCAAAUCUCCAUGGUCUCUUCGGGCGGAAGACAGGUCAGGCCCCUGGAUACUCUUACACAGCCGCCAAUAAAAACAAAGGCAUCAUCUGGGGAGAGGAUACACUGAUGGAGUAUUUGGAGAAUCCCAAGAAGUACAUCCCUGGAACAAAAAUGAUCUUUGUCGGCAUUAAGAAGAAGGAAGAAAGGGCAGACUUAAUAGCUUAUCUCAAAAAAGCUACUAAUGAGUAAUAAUUGGCCAUUGCCUUAUUUAUUACAAAACAGAAAUGUUUCAUGACUUUUUUAUGUGUACCAUCCUUUAAUCUCAUACACCAGAAUUCAGAUCAUGAAUGACUGACAGAAUAUUUUGUUGGGCAGUCCUGAUUUAAAACUAAGACUGGCUUGUGGUUAAAUGAAUAUGUUCAGUUUUUGAAUUUUAAUAGUAACUCCAAUUCAGUAAAUGCUAUCACUGUUUACCCCUUUUAAAGAUAUGAUUAGACUUCGUUAGUCAUGUUCAACUUUUCACAAAGAUGGUGAGUGCCAUCUUAAAACUUACUGGAGAUUCGUUUUAUAUUUAGAUUUAUAUAACUGGUUAUGUGAAUAUAUUUAAAUACUGGGGAAAUUCCUUCACUGUCUUAGAACCAAGCAAGAUUCACCUGUGUUUUGUGUUCAUUUGCCUCUUAAAGGCAAAGGUUGAAGAUAAAUAAGGUAGCAAUGUCCAUAGUUUUGGCCUUAACUAUGCCAAUCUAAUUAUAAUUCCCUGUAUUUAAAAUGGUUCCUUUUACUUAUUGAAAGGCAUUUUCGUGUGGUUUAUGUGUAAUAUUAAAGAUUAUUCAACACCUCUCACAUCUUAUAGAUCUAUAAGGUCACAUGCUUUUAAAAUGGUAGCAAGUUAAACUUCACUCUUGAAUUCUUUACAAUCUAAGUCAAACUAAGUUAUAAUUUAGGAUUGUCUUUAAACAGCCAUUCAGAAACAUGAAACUGUAGAACUGUGUAUUUGUGAUUGGGAAUGGUGCUUUUGCCAACUUAAAAGGAUUAAAGUAAUGGAGAUAUACACAAAUUUUAAAAUUAUGUGUGGUCACAAGACUAAAGAUAAUUAAAAAGAAAACCACAGAUCAUGA